CACACACACACACACACCGACGACACAACUCCGACGCAGACAGGAUGAAGCUGCUGCUUGCUGCUGCCUUUCUGGCUGUGGCCAGCUGUGCGAGCAUCUCUCUGGAGGAUCUGGAGUUCCACGCAUGGAAGCUCAAGUUUGGGAAGUCCUACAGCUCUCCGUCAGAAGAGUCUGAUCGCAAGAACAUCUGGCUGAACAAUCGAAGACUGGUGCUCGUGCACAACAUCAUGGCCGAUCAGGGCAUGAAGUCCUACCGCCUCGGCAUGACCUUCUUUGCCGAUCUGGAAAACAAAGAGUACAAUCAGUUGGUUUCCCGGGGAUGUCUGCUGCACUUCAACGCUUCCGCGCCGCGGAGCGGUUCCACGUUCCUGCCAUUGACCCUCGGAGCUGACCUACCACACACUGUGGACUGGAGGAACAAGGGCUACGUCACCAACGUCAAGGAUCAGAAGGAGUGCGGAUCCUGUUGGGCCUUCAGCACAACGGGCUCUUUGGAGGGUCAGACCUUCAAGAAGACGGGUAAGCUGGUGACUCUGAGCGAGCAGCAGUUGGUGGACUGCUCUGGCGACUUCGGCAACAUGGGCUGCAUGGGAGGGCUCAUGGAUGACGCCUUCAAGUACAUCCAGAAAAACGGGGGAAUCGACACAGAGGAGUCCUAUCCUUAUGAGGCUCAGGACGGAAAGUGCCGCUACAACCCAGCCAACAUCGGUGCCACAUGCACAGGUUACGUCGACGUGAAAACCGGCGACGAACGCGCCCUGAAGCAGGCGGUGGCUACAGUCGGACCUGUGUCUGUUGCCAUUGACGCUUCACAUGAGUCCUUCCAGCUAUACGAAUCAGGCCUCUACGAUGAGCCAGAGUGCAGCAGCUCUGAGUUGGACCACGGAGUGCUGGCUGUAGGUUACGGCACGGACAAUGGACGUGACUACUGGCUGAUCAAGAACAGCUGGGGUCUACAGUGGGGAGACAAAGGCUACAUCAUGAUGAGCAGGAACAAACGCAACCAGUGCGGAAUUGCGACGGCAGCAAGCUACCCCUUAGUGUGAACGAAUUUGCGGGAAAACCAAUUCUAUUUUUUCAUUAACUCUGGAGUGUUGGAAUGAGUCAGAGCCAGUGGACGAGGAAAAACUGAACUAUGACAUUAGGCACUAUUUGAUUUACAAUACAAUACAUUUAAUAACAAACUUCUAUUUCUGUAUAUUCAGACUUUUUGAAAGGGAAGUUGUAAGUAGAUGCAAUAUAACCAGAUAAUUUAUAAAUAUAAAGAGAAAUGUG